AACUAAGACUGUUAGAGCACUGUGGACCAGCACCAGAGAAGAGUACUGGAGGACCAGACAACCACUACUACCCCUGAACCAAGCAUCACCUGGCCAUACACUACCAACAAACACCGUUUGGAGAAGCAGGCUGAGUGUUAAGAUGGCGCUUCUCCUAGCCUUUUCCUCCGUCCUCCUUCUGGUCGGUCACGCUCUGGCCCAGAGCCCGGACAUGUCCUACGAAGACUAUAUGGCCCAGUUACAGGCCUGUCCCAAAGAGUGCCGCUGCCCACCCAGCUUCCCCAACGCCGUCUACUGCGACAACAAGGCUCUGAAGCGCAUCCCCACCAUCCCCCCACACACCUGGUAUCUGUACCUGCAGAACAACCUCAUCGACGUUCUGUCAACAGAUGCUCUCCGCAACGCCACGCAGCUGCGCUGGCUCAACCUCAACCGCAACCGCAUCACCAGCGAGGGCAUGGAGGAGGGUGCCCUGGCCAACAUGCUCCGCCUGGUCCACCUCUUCAUGGAUGACAACCUGCUGAGCUCCGUCCCAGCCAACCUACCCUCCAGCCUGGAGCAGCUGCGCCUCUCCCGCAACAGCAUCUCCAAGAUCCCCGCCGGGGUGUUCUCAGGUCUGGAUCGGCUGACACUGCUGGAACUGCAGGGGAACAAGCUCCAGGAUGACGCAGUGACCGAGGUGAGCCUCAAGGGCCUGAGCAACCUGGUCCAGAUCAACCUGGCCAAGAACCAGCUUACCACCAUGCCCCUGGGCCUCCCCAUCACCAUCACCCAGCUCUUCCUGGACAACAACGCCAUUGAGAAGAUCCCCGCUGGCUACUUCAAGGGUCUACCCAAGGUGGCCUUCCUCAGACUCAACCGCAACAAGCUGGGAAACGGCGGGCUGCCCAAGAACGUGUUCAACAUGUCCAGCAUCCUGGACCUGCAGUUGUCCCAUAACCAGCUAACUCAGGUUCCUAUGAUACCCCCAGGCCUGGAACACCUCCACCUGGACCACAACCAGAUUAAGAGUGUGAAUGGAUCUGAUAUCUGCCCUGUGUCGGCAGAUGCUCUGGAGGGCUAUGUCACUGAGACCGCUCCUAAACUCCGCUACCUCCGUCUCGAUGGCAAUGAGGUCAAGCCACCAAUACCCAGAGACCUCAUGAUGUGCUUCCGUCUCCUCAGGUCCAUCGUCAUAUAAGAAACACACUUCCACCAGCCAAUCGCAUCUAGUUAUAGUCUCUCGGAUCCAAGGGCAGAUGAUUACUAACGAAUGGAAGUGACUAUGCUAAUCUAUAUGGAUUUUUGAUCUGUGGACUAUACAUUUGCAUACUUAUGUUGAGAACUACAUAUUAGACGCCAGGGUUGGGGUCAAACCAAACUCUGUCAAUUUAAGAAUUAAUGCAAUGAAUUGGUCAAUAGAAAAUAAUGGGCCAUUUUCAGUUGUUGAAUUGAGUCUCCUGAAUUGGUAGAAUGGGAAUGGAAUUGACCUCAACCUUGUUGGGUGAAGGUCACCUGACAAUCUGUAGAUAGUGUGAUUGGACUGCACUACUGUCUUUUGACCACUAGUUGUGCCUUAUGUUCGUCCUAUAGUCACAAGUGCUUAAUGCAACAGUGCAGUAUGUCUGAGUUGCUGAAUGUGCUGUUUCAAUACAGCACACAUUGAUCUGAGAGUGGUAGAAAACCGAAAAGAGGCAUAUUGUUUUAAACCGUAUGUAUUUAAGGCAUGUUGAAUCUUCUGAUGACUCAUUGUCCCCAUUCUCUUUAUUUGAAUGGAAGAUCAUCUUUUGUGAAUACCAAAAUAAUACUUUUUAAACAUUUUAUACUGCUCCUCUCUGACAGAAUAACUUGAAUUGAUGAUAUCAGACUUGAAACCAAAUUAAAUGCUAAUUAUUUUUAUUUUCAAGUUCUCUGUGAAUAUGAAUAUGUUGAGAUAACUUUAGACACAUGCUAUUCCACACAAACAUGCAAUUGUGUGCCCUUUCACGUUUAGCUAAUUUAUUUCAUUGUCUGUUUUUCACUGAAUUCACUGAAUUCUUGAUCACUGUCUCAAAUGUGAAGUUCCAUUUUGUACUCAAUGGGUCAACCUUUUUUCAGUCAUCUUACGUAUUUCGGA